AUGCCAGCAGCCACCGAAGAAAUUCUGUUGACUCCCUGGAGGGAUUUUCCUGUUGAAGACACAGACCCAUUUGUCCCCCCGGCUGAAGAGAAGUGGGAUUUCGUUCUGGUAAGCAACAUCCACGAAGCAGGCAGCGAGAAGGAGAUCAAGAGGAAGAAGUUCCUGGACGAGCUGAGCAAGAAGGGGUUCACCAUCAAGAAAAUUGAGGAUAAGAAGCUAUUUUAUGGAGUCCGUGCCCCAAACCAGAUCUUCCAGAAAUACCAGUGGCUCCUGAGGAACCCUGACAGCAAGCUGCAAAACCCCAGUGUCCAUCAUGACAUACCAGUGACCACCAGGAUACGGAUUGUGAACUUCAUCCUGCAGAACACAGUGACGCCCGACCUCGAGAAGCUGCAUGACCUGAUGCAGAAGAAGGUCUUUGAGGCAACGUUUCCCCUGCACGAGAAAGAAGAGGUAAGGGAAUUCCUGAAGGAGAAAUGGGCUCGCUGGAGAGAUAUAUUUUGCCAACAGCCAAUUGAGAAGAUCAGGUGCUAUUUUGGUGAGAAGGUGGCCCUGUACUUUGCCUGGCUGGGCUGGUACACCUACCUGCUGGGAAUCGCUGCAGUGGUCGGACUGGUGGUCUUCGUGGCUGGGAUUACUGUUUUCAAUUCCAGCCAGGUGAGCAAGGAGAUCUGUGAAGCCAAUAACACCAUCAUGUGCCCGCUCUGUGACCAGAAGUGCCCGUUCUGGCUGCUCUCCGACACCUGCACCUACGCCAAGGUCACUCACAUGAUUGACAACGAGGGGACAGUUUUGUUUGCCAUGUUCAUGGCAAUCUGGGCCACUGUGUUCCUGGAGCUGUGGAAGAGGCAGAGAGCCACUGUGGUCACCGACUGGGACCUGUACAGGUGGGAUGAGGAAGAGGAGGAGCUGGCUCUGGAGCUGAUCAAUAAUUUGCAGCACGAACCCCGGCAGUACCAGCACUCCUACUUCCGCAGCACCAUCAUACUCCUUUUGGUUCUGGUGAUGAUUGCCAUGCUGAUCGGCAUCGCCCACGUGCUUGUCAUUUACCGGGUGAUAGCAACAGCUCUCUUCGCCCAGAGCAACGUUGAGUUCCUCCGCGAGCAGGCCAACACGAUGGCAGUGAUGAUGGGGGCUGUGCUGCACUACAUCACCAUUGUCAUCAUGACCAAGGUGCGGAGUGAGACGCGGCAGGGGCAGCGGGUCUUCUCCUUGUUUUCCACCAUCAACCCUCCCCUCUCAUUUUAUACCUCUCUCCUGCAGGUCAACAGGCAUGUGGCCCUCUUCCUCUGUGACCUGGAGAAACCACGGACCUUCUCCCAGCGUGAGAACAACUUCACGGUGAAGAUCUUCACCUUCCAGUUCUUCACAAACUUCUCUUCGCUCAUCUACAUCGCCUUUUUCCUGGGACGGAUCAACGGCCACCCAGGGAACUACGUGCGCAUUGCUGGCAAGUGGAGGCUGGAGGAGUGCCACCCCAGCGGCUGCAUCACUGACCUCUUCAUCCAGAUGGCCAUCAUCAUGCUGCUCAAGCAGACCAUCAGCAACGUGAUGGAGUAUCUCAUCCCCUGGAUAUCCCAUAAGCUACGCAAGAAGCUGCAUCGCCCCAAGAAGAGAAACAUGAUGUUAGGAGAGGAGGAGGAGGCCGAGGACCCCUGCAAAAGGCAGUGGCUGAGCAACUAUCAACUCAAUGAGGUCAACAUCUUCAGCUUGUUUGACGAGUUCUUGGAGAUGGUGAUCCAGUACAGCUUCACCACCAUUUUCGUCGCUGCCUUUCCCCUCGCCCCGCUGCUGGCGUUUUGCAACAACCUCUUUGAGAUCCGCCUGGAUGCCAUCAAGAUGAUGCGGUUGCGCCGGCGCAUGGUGCCCAGGAAGGCCAACGACAUCGGAAUCUGGCUGCAGGUUCUGGAGGCCAUCGGCAUCCUGGCUGUCAUCGGGAAUGGACUGGUGAUCGCCAUCACGUCCAACUUCAUUCCCAUGCAGGUCUACAAGUACACGUACAGCCCCUGCAUGACGGAAAACAGCACUGACGUGGACUGCUUGACCGGCUACAUCAACCACAGCCUCUCCGUCUUCCGCAUCCAGGACUUCGAGCCGUACACAAAGGUGCCUGAAAUGCUGCCAGACUUCGUCAGGGACGAGGUCAAGGAGUGCAGGUACCGGGAUUACAGGAAUGCCGACGACUACAGCUACACGGUCCAGUUCUGGCACAUCUUCGCAGCCCGGCUCGCCUUCCUCAUCCUCUUUGAGCACGCGGCUCUGUGCGUCAAGCUGAUUGCAGCCUGGUACGUCCCCGACGUCCCUCAGUCGGUUAAGAAUCAAUUUCGGGACAGAAAACAUAGCAACCUUCGUAAAGAACUGAGCAUGAUGGAGUAUUCCACAGAGGUGUAG